GUGGGCUUGCAGUUAUUUAUGAAUUAAAUGAAACUGAAUACAACAAAAUGCCUCCAAUGUUCCGUCUGGACCCGUAUGCGCCGUGUGUGCAUGAGCCGGGCGGCGUGUACUGCGCGGUAGAACUCACUCUUGUCGCUGAUGAAAACAACCCGUUAAUGACUAUGAUACAGGAAUAUUCAGCAAGAAGAGAAAUGCAUUUCAAUCAUUCAAGAUUACAUCGUGGUAUUUGCGUCACAAAAACUUGCAAAGAAUACCUGAGCCAGAAUACAUCAGCGGACCUAAGAUUGGUCCUUGAGGGAUGUCUUAAUGAUUCUCUAUGGGCAGAAUAUAAAUUAAAAAGCAAGUUAUCAAGUGAAGUUCUUUGUAAUGAUUUGGAUAAUAAAAUGGAUAUAGAUUUUGGUGACAUCGCCGUGGCUGUUAUUUGCCUAUCUAUCUUGUUGCUCCACGUUGUCGGAAACCUAUAUGACUUCUUCUUUGUUCCUAAUAAAGAUAGAAAAGGAAACAAAUUACUUUUAUGUUUCUCGAUUAAACGUAACUGGAAGAGGUUAGUGGCGCCCCCAGCUCUCGGCCCGGAGACACGCCUUAAACGCCUUAAAGGGCUGCUUAUCUGCUGCAAUGUAACCGCAUUUCCCGGCGGAGAUGUAUCGGAGCAAGAGAGCGAAGUGUUCUGCGGCUGUUGUGCAUGUUCUUCCCUGCUCGGAUCAUCGCUCGGUGGAGUCGAGGCAGGCGGGGAGAUGCACGACAUCCGCGCACUGGCUUGA